AUGGACAGACAGAAGUACAUCGACGAAGUGAAUCGACAACUGAACGAUGAGCGAUAUUACAAAAAAGUAGAAAAGGAACAACAUAAUUUGACUAAGUUAAAAAUAGAAGAAUGUGUAAAUGAAAUACAGGAAAAUAAUGUAAGCAUUACUAAACAAUUUGACAUGUUCCCGUCUACUAUUCGUACACCUCAAUUUUACAUUUUACCGAAAACGCAUAAAUCAUAUGAUGAGAAACUUCCUCUUGGAUACCCUGGUCGUCUCAUUGUUUCAGCAUGUAGCUCCAGUACUGAGAACAUAGCGAAAUACCUAGACUUUAUUUUAAAUCCUUAUAUGCAAACUUUGCCUUCCUAUAUCAAGGAUACCACCGACUUUAUAAAUAAGGUUCGUAAUCUUAAAUUAAACAAAGACACCUAUAUAGUUACCCUUGAUGUGUCAUCAUUAUACACAAAUAUCCCUCAUAAUGAAGGUAUUGAAUCUUGUAUAUAUUUUUUACAGAAAGAUAAAGGAAACAAUAACAUCAAAGCUAAUGAUAUAAGGAAAUUGUUAAAUAUUGUUUUACAUAAUAAUUGCUUUGACUUUAACGAUCAGAGUUAUUUACAAACCAUGGGCACAGCAAUGGGAAGCCCUAUGGCACCUUCUUAUGCUUCAUUAGUCAUGGGUAGACUAGAAGAGCAAUUUCUUAACUCUACUUAA